UUAUCUGUGCUGUGCAAAGACCUUAAAGUGUAAGGUCUUUGGUGCUGUGGGGCCAAUGCCACAGAUCAAUAACAUACAGACUUAUUCCUCGUCCAAACAAGACGUCGAGUACGUCGCGGAAGACUUGCCGAGCGAGCAGUCGGGCGCGGAGGCGCAGCUGCUGGCGAGCGACGACGACGAGCCGGCGCGUCAGCCGCGGCGCGCCGCGUCGCCCGAGCCGCGCGCCGACUUCUACGUGGACCGCCGGCUGGACCGCGGCAACCUGCGCGUGUCCACGCUCUACUACCCCGGCCGGCCCGAGUACCGCUGCGUCGCGGCGCCGCGCGUCGAGCGGCCGCCGCGCGCGCGCUACUACAGCCGCCGCGCGCCCGACGCGCCCGCCGCGCCCGCGCUGCACGAGCGCGUCGCCGCCUUCCGCCGCCUGCUCGCGGCCGCGCCCGACGACGUCGCGCUCUGGGAGAGCUUCAUAGACUUUCAGGAAGCGUGCGGCGGCGCGGAGAGCGCGCUCGCGGCGGCCGAGGAGGGCGCGGCGCGCCUGCCGUGCGCGGGCCGCCUGCGCACGCGCCUGCUGGCUGCGCUGCGCCGCGCGCUGCCGCCGCACGCCGCGCUCGAGCGCCUGCGCGACAUGCUGGCCGCGGAGCGCGCGGCGCCGGCGCGCGUAGAGCUGUGGGAAGCGCUGCUGCGCGCGCUGGCGGCGGCGCCGGGCGGCGACGCGGCGCAGCUGGACGCGGCCGCGGCCGCCGCGCUCGCCGACACGCGCGUGCUGCCCGCCGCCUACCCGCGCCUGCUGCUGGCGCGCGGUGAGUUGCUGCGUGCCGCUGGGCUCGCCGAACGCCUCGCGCUGCUCGUGGAGCUCGUCGUGGCCAUGAACUUCGCGCCCGACGCCGCCGCGCCCUUCCCGCCGCCUGAGCCGCGCGCCGAGGCGGAGCGCGCCGAGCGCCGGCUGCGCGAGCUGGAGGACGCGGCGCUGCGCAGCGGGCUGCCGCUGGGCGCGGUGUGGGUGCGCGUGGAGCGCCUGCGCGGCGCCGCACACUGGCGCGCGCCGGUCGCCGGCGCCGCGGACGCGGACCCGCAGCGCGCGCCGCUGCCGCACGACGUGGCCGAGCUGCUGCUGCCGGCCGCGGCGCCGGCGGAGCUGCUACGGCUGGCGGCGGCGCUGCUGCUGUUGGCGGGCGUGCCGGCGCUGCCGGGCGUGGGGUGGACGGCGCGCUGGGCGGGCGGCGCGGCGCGCGGCGCGGAGGCGCUGCUGCCGCUGCUGGACGAGGCGGGCGCGCUGCCGGCGGCGCACCGCGCGCACGUGACGCCGCCUGACGCGCGCCGCGUGCUGCAGCUGCUGCAGGACCCGCCGCACUACUUCACCGACGACGCGGGCUACCUGCGCUGGGUGGAGGCGCUGUGGGACGCACUGUGCGCGCGCCUCCGCGGCGACGCGCUGCUCGCGCUCGCGUGCUGGCGCCUGCGCUGGCUGGCCGCGCUCGUGCCGCUGGCCGCGCCCGCCGAGGCUACGCGCCUACGCGGCCGUGCGCGCGCGCUGCUGCGCCGCCUCGACCAUCCGCUGCUCUUCGCCGAGUUCGCGCGCCUCGAGCGCAGCGUGGCGGGCGUCGCACGCGCUGCCGCCGUCGCCGCCGCCGCGCUGCGCGCCGCACUGUCGCGCGCCGAUGUGCCGCACCACCACUGCCUCUAUGUCGCCCGGGUGCUGGCGGAGCUGAGUGCGGACGGCGCUUGGCCGAGCGCGGCGGGAGCCUGCGCCCUGGUGAGCGCCGCGCUGCGCCGUGCGCCGCCCGCCGGCCUGCCCGCGCCCGCGCCCGAGGAGCUGGCCGCCGCGCUGCAGCGGUGCGAGGAGCGCUGCGCGGCGCUGGAGGCGGAGAACGCGGCGGACGAGGAGGAGGAUACGGCGCUCGCGCUGCUGCCGGGCGCGGGCGAGUGGGCGCGCGCGCGCGCGCUGCUCGCGCCGCCGGAGCGCCGCGCGCGGCUGUUGCGGCGGCUGGCGGCGGCGGUGCGCGCGGGCGACGCGGCGCGCUACUGGGAGGAGAGCGGCGCGGCGCUGGCGGCGGCGGCGGCGCAGAGCGCGGGCGCGCCGCUGUGGGCGUGGAGCGCGGCGCGCGGCGCGGCCGAACGCCUGCGCGCGCUGGCGCCGCGCGGCGACGUGGCGGCGCUAGCGGCGCUGCUGCCGCUGCUGGCGCGCGCGCUGCGCGAGGACUGCGCGCCGCCCGACGCGGAGCGACUGGUGCGCGCGGCGCGGCGCGUGGUGUCGAGCGGCAGCGGCGCGCUGCUGUGGGCGCUGCGCCUGGAGGCGGAGGCGCGCGCGCCGCGCCCACGCCUGCAGCACGCGCUGUACGCGGCGCUGGACGCGGCGCCGCACGCCAAGUGGCUGUACGUGCGCGGCGCCGCGUGGUGCGGCGGCGAGGCGGCCGCGCUGGCCGACGCGCUGCUGGAGCGCCAGCUGCGCCUGCACGCGCUGCCCGACGAGCUGCGUCCCCCGCCCGACGCGCCCGACGCGCCCGACGCGCCCGCGCGCUGACCGCAGACGCCGCGCACCGAACUGUACACUGUUAAAUAUUAUAUUAUAAUAUAUCGAAUGUU